UUGGGGCCGCACGCCUCAGCACACGAAAUUACGUAACGUAACGAUUCUUGUUGCGAUCUCGUGGUACGAUCGGUUAGCUAGAUACAAGUUAGAAAACGUUCGCUUAAAAUUAUUAGCUACUCGCGAUUUUUCCAGUGUUUGUAUCAUUGUUAUCUUUUAAAGUAUGUCCGGUUCGAGUCCGAUUUAGGUCCGGUUUGAUUCCAGUUCGCGUAGAUCUCGCAUAUCCCACAGUGUUUAAAUCCAUCAAGCGACGUAGUAUGUCCGGUUCGAGUCCGGUUUAAGUCCGGUUUGAGUCCGGUGUACCGCUAUGCCGGUAUGCUCGCGUUGGUGGUUCUGUUGACAGUGCUGGACUUGUGUGUGCCGCUGUACCAUGAUCAGUUCGCGCUGCAUGUCCCUGACGGGAAAGCGGAUGAGCUGGCGCACAGACACGGCUUCAUCAAUCAUGGACAGAUUGGGGACCUGAAACAUUUUUACCUGUUCUCGCACCCGCACUUGAGUAAGCGAUCAGUUAACGCGAGUAAGGAGUACAUGCACCGGCUAAAAAAUGAUCCUCAGGUGAGAUGGGUGAUGCAACAGAGAGAGCUGAAGAGGACGAAAAGGGACUACCAGCAGCGGCAUGUGAUGAGGCAGUCCGCACCGUCCUUCCCCGAUCCACUGUUCAAGGAGCAAUGGUACCUGAAUGGCGGGGCGGCAGAUGGCUUGGAUAUGAAUGUUGGGUACGCCUGGCAAAAGGGGUAUACAGGUAAAGGGAUAGUAAUUACCAUACUUGAUGACGGCAUACAACCCAAUCAUCCGGAUUUGCUGCAGAACUAUGAUCCGGCUGCGUCCACAGACAUUAAUGGAAACGACACCGAUCCUACGCCGCAGGAUAACGGCGACAAUAAACAUGGCACCAGAUGCGCGGGCGAAGUCGCCGCGGUCGCCUACAAUAGAUACUGCGGCGUCGGGAUAGCUUACAAUGCGAGCAUCGGAGGAGUGAGAAUGCUAGACGGCUUAGUUAACGAUGCUGUGGAAGCCAAAGCGCUCGGCUUCAAUAGCCACCACAUAGACAUCUAUAGCGCGUCCUGGGGACCCGAGGACGACGGAAAAACCGUCGACGGACCCGGCCCCCUAGCGAGAAGAGCGUUCAUAAACGGUGUCACUAACGGUAGAGGAGGAAAAGGAUCCAUUUUUAUAUGGGCCUCCGGCAACGGGGGGAGGCACACCGAUUCGUGUAAUUGCGACGGCUACGCGAAUAGUAUUUUCACAAUAUCCAUUUCUAGCGCGACCCAGGGUGGCUUUAAGCCCUGGUAUCUCGAGGAAUGCUCGUCGACUUUAGCUUCCACGUAUAGUUCAGGAACACCUGGCAGGGACAAGAGUGUCGCUACAGUAGACAUGGAUGUCCAACUUCGGCCUGACCAUUUGUGUACAGUUGAUCAUACGGGCACGUCGGCUUCCGCGCCUUUAGCGGCAGGUAUAUGCGCCCUAGCACUCGAAGCUAACACGCUCCUCACCUGGAGGGACGUCCAACACUUGAUAGUUAUGACCUCGAGAUCGCAGCCACUAGAACGGGAAGAGGGGUGGAUAGUUAAUGGGGUAAAGAGAAAAGUAAGCCAUAAAUUCGGAUACGGUCUCAUGGACGCCGGUCAAAUAGUAUCAUUAGCGGAACAAUGGGUGAACGUCCCGCCCCAACAUAUCUGUAAGUCGCAGGAAAUAAACGAAGAUAGGUCAAUCGAAACGUCUUUUGGCUACACGAUUUCAGUUCACAUGGACGUAAAUGGCUGUAGCGGCACAAUGAAUGAAGUUAGGUUUUUGGAACACGUUCAAUGUAAAAUUUCGCUAAGCUUUUUUCCAAGAGGAAAUUUACGGAUUCUGCUUACGUCACCAAUGGGGACUACGUCCACCUUAUUGUUCGAGAGGACGCACGACUCGACGAGUUCCAACUUCGACGAUUGGCCGUUUCUUAGUGUGCACUUUUGGGGCGAGAACGCCGAGGGUCGUUGGACUCUGCAAAUAAUAAACGCCGGCAAUAACCACGUCACCCAACCGGGAAUACUGAAAAAAUGGCAAAUAAUAUUUUACGGCACCGCCUCCAAUCCGAUACGAUUACGAAAUAAAAGUUAUUUCAACUCCGAUAACGUUCAACAAGAAGAAAAAACUUAUCAUAUAAACGAUGUUUACGAUAUAUCCGAGUACUCCCAGUUUCUUAACGAGAUCGAAUUAGGCAUGUCGGAUCGGCGUAACUACCAGAAAAAUAUUCCGUCGGCUCAGAGAAAAAACGUAUUAGCGGACGCGAACGAUAAACAAGUUCAGAGAAUGUGCGAUCCGGAGUGCGAUUCCCAGGGAUGCUAUGGCAAGGGGCCAACUCAAUGUGUCGCGUGUAAACAUUAUCGUUUAGAUAACUCGUGCGUGUCAAGAUGUCCGCCGAGGAGUUUUGUUAAUCAAGGUGGAGUGUGUUGGCCGUGUCAUGAAUCUUGCGAAACUUGCGCCGGUGCCGGGCAGGAUUCCUGUUUGACUUGCGCUCCGGCUCACUUGUUAGUUGUAGAUUUAGCGGUUUGCUUGCAGCAAUGCCCCGAUGGCUACUAUGAAGACCCCGAUGCGAAUGCUUGUUUUCCAUGUGCGGAACAUUGCGAUACUUGCUCAGAAAAGGCGGAUAUGUGCUCUUCUUGUGCCCACAGCUAUGUACUAUACAAUGGCUCAUGUCUAGCCUCCUGCCCGUCAGGCACGUUCAGAAAAGAUGACUUCGGCUGCGUGGAAUGUCACGAAUCGUGCGAAUCUUGCACCGGACCGAGCGAAACCGAAUGUAUUUCGUGUCGAAUCGGAGAAUUCGCUUACAAAGGUCGAUGUGUCACUAAAUGUCCUAUCGAAAAUUACGCAGACAUUCAAAGGAGAGAAUGUAUUCCGUGUCCGAUCGGCUGUUGGAAGUGUACUCACUCUGUUUGUUCCGUUUGUCAGACUAAAUGGUUUCUCACAAAAGAGGGGACUUGUCAACCGGAAGGCAACAAUAAAUGUGAUAUCAAUGAAUAUUACGAGGGAGGGCGGUGUAAAAAUUGUCAUUCCACUUGCGAGAAAUGUAGCGGACCGAACGAGUGGGACUGUUUAUCGUGUUCCAGCCCAUUAUUAUUACAGGGAUCGAGGUGUAUCGCGGAGUGCGGACAGGGAUAUUAUCAGACGACGGGCAGCUGCUCGCAGUGUCCACAUAACUGUAAGACUUGCGUGUCGCGCCUCAACUGCACUUCGUGUGUCGGCGCCUUGCGAUUGCAAUCGGGGACCUGUAGAGCCACCUGCGCGCCUGGUUACUACCCGGACGAGGGCACCUGCUCCAAAUGUUACUUAUCGUGCCAAACGUGCACGGGUCCGAGGCGCGAUCAGUGCGCGUCCUGUCCUCCGGAUUGGAGGCUCGCGGCGGGCGAGUGUAGACCGGAGUGUCCCCAGAACUUCUUCCCGUGGAGGGACAGUUGCAAGCGCUGCCACCACUACUGCCAGGACUGCCAUGGCGCUGGACCGCAGCGGUGCACGUCUUGCCCGCCUCACUUCUCGCUGGAGAGUGGACUGUGCGUCGAGUGCCUUAGCUCCCAGUACUACGAGCCGAGAACACGGUCCUGCCGUCCGUGCCACGAUUCCUGCAGGUCCUGCUCGGGACCUGGUCCUACUAGUUGCGUAACGUGUGCUCAUCCUCUCCGUCUAGAUAGAGUGAAUUACAAAUGUCUGCCUUGUUGUACAGAGAAUAGCGUAUCUUUUUAUUUGAACGUUAACGAAACGAAUGACUGUUGCCAUUGUGACAAAGAUGUGGGUGGCUGCUUAAACGGCUCAUCAGCGGGCAAGCGACGCAUUGCGGAAAAUGUCAGUGCCCACGUGACUGCAUCCUUUUUUGUCGACGGCUCCAAGGACCCUCCGAGUUUUUUUGACCAUGAUUUAUUAAUCUGGUCCGGAGCCGGGGCAGGAGUCCUGAUAGUGGGGAUAGCAGUUUUUGUGAGGGUCCGAACAAAGAGGCGUAAUAUCACUUUGUACCCGAAGACCGUGUACUCACAGCUGACCUCUUUCGAGGAAGACUUGACCGGGGCUCUCACGUCCUCCGUUACGUCUUUGAAAGCGAUACCCUGCGACACGUUAAAUUCUAAUAAACUCGAGGAACCAACCUAGCAAUUUGAACCUUAAGUCGAUACAACUAGAUUUAAUUUACACUGCAGACUGAUAUAGGUGUUUCAAUAUAGUUUUAGCUUUUAAACUGUUGGUCCCUCUGCUAAUCGAAUUAUGACCCUGUUUCAUCCCGGGUCUAGGAUGUCCAAAUGUAGGUCCAAAAUAUAUUUUCAGGUAAUAUAUUUAAGUGUUAUAGGGAUCUUGGCCCAAUUCCUGAGGUUUUUAACAGUAUAUCUAUCCAUUAAAACCAUACGUCACAGAGACGCCAUGGUGACGUGGCCAGUGACGUGAUCAUGGCAACGUCUGGCGUCUCUACGUCACCGCAAAGCGGUGUUUUUC